AUGGAAGGCGCGCUUCUCCGUGAACCGACAAGGAAAGGAAAUUUUUUUUCAAUGCAUAUUAAUCUCGAUGAUUACGUGAAAUUUCUAAAAAAUGCGCUUGCAUCCAAUAAAACGAUGUUUAUGGUCAGUAGAGAUCCGCGCGAUCAUCCUUCUCACAGAUUAGUCGGUAUCAAAGCAGCAUUACCAGAAUUAAUUAAAGAUUAUGAAGUGAAUGCUAAACGUCUUUCUGUCGAAAGACAGUUAUCAGCAGAACAAAUCGACUAUGCUGCAUUGGGUUAUUUUUCUAACACUGAAGGGAAUUCUUUUGAUCACGGACUUCCUCAUGAUCACGAACAUUAUCAUGAUCGUGGUGUUCACACCGAUUCACACGAACAUAUCCGAAUUGUGCAACAUACAAGUCAACCCAUUAUUCUUUCUUCUGAAGCAACGACAGUUCCGGCAGUAAAUGUAGCAAUGAAAGAACCACAGGAGGCAUCUAUUGGGACGGUCACUUCAGUCUACCAGCAGGAGAUGCCUCUUCUCGAAUCUGAAUUCAGAGCCGUGUCAGAGAUUCCUACACAACAAAAUUUAAUGCAUGGAUCUGUCUCUCCUAUUUUGCUGCCAGAUUCGGGAAAAGUCACUUCUGAAUCAGUGAUGCAUGAUGGGCUUUCAUCAGCUAUGGAAGGUACAUCGAAAAAUAUACCUCCAUCUGUUACAACUGAUAUCAACCUUGCGGCAGAAAGCAGUCUUCCACAAAUCGAAUCAUCGCAAGAAAAAACACCAUUGACCGCAAACAUUGUGAAUGUGAAUGCUCAGAAUUUGUUGCACAAUCAACCUCUUCAGUCGAUGUCCGUGCAGCAAGUUAAUAUCGAAUUACCUCCCCAGCAGGUUAUGACCAUUCCUUCACCAGUUGCAGUUCUCGAUUCCAGUCUCCCUCCCACACUGGAUAAUAUAUCACAAAUCAAUUUCUCUGCCUCAUCAGUUAAUGUAUCCUUAUCAAAUAUUUCUUCUCAGACCGGUGACUCUCCAUCAACUCCCUCUCCUUCGGUAGUAAUAUCAGAUGUGACACCACCAAUAUUAGUAAAUAGCGCGCAUUCAGAUUCUGUUUAUUUGUCAUCAGCGCCAUCAUCUCCCUUGCCACCAAAACAUAUUAAACCGGAAAAAUCACCCUCAGAUAAUACUGCAACGAUCCUCAAGGAUCGCGACAUUUUACCUGUGUCAGUUUCUCCUCAUACUGAACCAAUAACAUCCACUUUUAUUACUCCUCAGUUUGAUCCGGUUACAUUACUGUCUGAAUUUGGUUCUACAGUGGAAAUGGAAUUGGAAUCAAGAGGAAAAGAUGUAGAAACAACGACAGUUAACUAUCCGCUUGAACCACCACCAUUUCCAUCUACUUCUAUACAGUCAAAAGACUCGAUACUUUCCUAUGCCGUAAAUCCAUCAGCAACCGAAAGUAUUUUAUAUGAUGAAAAGGACUACUGCGUGAAAGAUGAGUGUGAUAGUGUUUACAACACUCCUAGAGCUGAUGAGAAGUUGGGAACAGAACAUUUGUUUAUAAUUAGGAAAUGGCUCAGCAAAUUGAUUGAUAUUGCACGAUUUAUGCUACCGUCAUCAAUAAAUAAUUUUGACGAUGCAGGUGCUGUUUGUGUUAUCCUAAGAGUUUUGGUGACAUUUUUCGUUCCUCUCUGUUUGUUUAUUCAUUUAUUACGAAUGCUAGUUUUUGCGGAUACUUGUGACAGGGAUCAUUUUGAUCGAAGAAUACUACAUAAUGCAUUGACGACUAUUAGACAACGUGAAAUUCAAAUAAUGUCAUUGCAUGCUGAAAUGGAGAAAGGGAAAAAUACAUGGAAUACCGAAAUGGAUGAGAAAUUCAAAAAUUUACAGUCGGAAAUAAGCCAGUUGAAAGCCAAGUGCCGUAUGCUUGAGGAAGAAAAUGAUAAUCUGAAAGCAGAAAUGGAUGAGACGAGUCAAAUGGUUGAAAAUGAACGUUUGAAAUGCAAAAAUUUAAUGGACCAAAAUAGGAAUCUUGGGGAGAAAAAUGAGUUGCUAACGAAACAAUCAUUUGAAAUACAUGCUACCAUGGAAGUGUUGCAUGAAGAGAAUGAACGUUUAGUUAGUGAAGUUGCCAAAAAAAGCGCACAAUUAAUACGUCUUGAGUCGGAAGCAAAUUCAUAUUCACUCGAAAUUAAAAAUUUGAAAGAUCAAUUGAAGACAUCUUUAUCAGAAAGCAAAAUACUGCGCCAGCGUGUGGAAGAACUCCAAAAUGAGAUUGUUCAGUUGUCGGAGAUUAUAAAUGAAAUAGGUAAUUCGGGUGAUGUUGCUAUCCGUGAUAGAUCAUCAAUUGCUGAAGUCGAGAAUGGUGAACAAACACGGGAAGAUAUAAACGGUGAAAGCGGUUGGUCAGAUUUUGAUGAAUUUGAUGUAGACAAUCCACCAACAGCAGAGUUACCAGAAAAACCAAAAAAAGAUCAAAAAAUGGUUGCACGAUUUUCGCCUGCUGAAAUUAUGGAAGUUGCGAAACUCAGAGUGAAGUUAAAGACUGUUGAGGCUGAUUUGGAUCAAGCAAAGUUGACACUACAAAAGGAGUUAAAUGAACGCGAUCAUCUGAUGCGUAAAGUUGAGUUCGCCGAGGCAGAAGCUGCAAAACGAUUGAAAGAAGUGGACACAAAAGAAGCAGAAAGAGUCGAGGCGCAAAAUCAAUUUAAAAGAAUUUUAGGGAUGGUCGAAGAACGAGAAGCAAAAUUACGAAGUACAGAAGAAUUAAUAGAAAAGAUGCGUGACGAGGUGAUGAAAUGGCAAGAAGAAGUAAGACGAUUAGAGGAUCAAAAAAAAGCUGUGGAGUUCAAAUUAUUGGAAGCUGAGCAAGAACUGAAACGUUUGAAAGCAGAAUAUACAAAGUUAGAGACGCGUAGUUUUCAUGAAAUACGUCAGUGUAAACAGACGGUAGCAGCUCUUCAGCAACAGUCAUUGGAGCAAGUUCAUCUGUCGAAUCCGUCAUCAAAUUUACUUGACAAUGCUAAUGUAUUGAAUAUCUCUGCAUCAUCAUCCGAUCGUGACUAUGGUAUGUCGCUUAACAAUGCGCCACCUUUAUUGCCCCAUAUACGACCUUUAUGGAAUGACGAGCGAUCAGAGAUUUUUUCAUCCCACGGAGAAUCGUCACUGUUAAAAAAGAUAGAUCCUCUGUUAAAUGAUGUAACAUCAGAAAAUGGUAAUAUCAGUCAUGACAGAGGCUCGAAGCAACGACGAAGUAUUAGGGAACGAGAGCAUAAUAUUGGUGUAAACAUGGAUGGUAUGCAACCACGUCAUAAAAAGGCUGGUUAA